CCUCUUGCCUCUCAGCACCCCCUCCCCCGCGGACCAACCAAAACGUUUUAUCAUGAAAGCGAUUUAAUUAGCUAUAUUUUAUUAUUUGUUAUCAGUCUAAACAUUAGUACUGGAAUGCGACGACUGGUAAAUCAGACCCGAGUCUCUUCGCGUAAACAAUAACCAUUAUCGCAUCAUUAGGUCCGACGCAUCCAGUCAUGUUUCUUCUGCAUCCGCUGCUGCAGAUCUCUGUUUUGCUGGAUGCGACGUUGUGGCUGGCGGUUUCUGCCAGCCCUACCGAUGAUAAUGUACUGCGGGCCGGCCAUGGAGAACACGGAGAGCCGGGGCACGAAGAACCACAUAAGGAUUCCUACAGCACAUUCGCCUCCGAGUUCCUUGAGUCCAGAUACCUCUCAGAUGAAGGUUACCCCUUCCCAACUGCACCCCCUGUAGACCCAUUUGCCCGCAUCAAAGUAAGCGACUGUGGAAUAACCAAAGGAUGCAUCAGAUAUGGCAAACCAGGCUGUGAUGCAGAGACCUGUGAGUACUUCCUGAGUUUCAGACGCAUUGGCACAGAUGUGGAAUUCGAGAUGAGUGCAGACACUGACGGAUGGGUUGCGGUCGGCUUCUCCUCUGACAAAAAAAUGGGAGGUGAUGAUGUCAUGGGUUGUGUUCAUGACGAUAAUGGACGUGUACGGAUACAUCAUUUCUACAACGUGGGCCAGUGGGCCAAAGAAAUCAAGCGCAACCCAGCACGGGACGAGGAGGGCAUCUUUGAAAACAACCGCGUCACGUGUCGCUUCAAACGGCCUCUUCAUGUGCCGCGGGAGGAGACACUGGUGGACCUGCACCUCAGCUGGUACUAUCUGUUUGCUUGGGGACCUGCAAUACAAGGUUCCAUCACAAGGCAUGACAUUGACUCCCCGCCAGUGUCAGAUCGCAUGAUUAGCAUCUAUAAAUACGAGGACAUUUUCAUGCCUGCCACAGCCUAUCAGACAUUCUCUUCUCCCUUUUGCCUCCUCCUCAUUGUUGCUCUUACCUUCUACCUGCUGAUGGGCACACCAUAACCAGCAAAACCAUGCCAGUGAAAGAAUAAAGCAUUCAUACAACUAACAAUGAAGCCACAAUUAGCACAACUGUGUGCCAACUUUACAGUAUUAGAAGCAGGCAGCAAUACAUCGCGAUUCUACAAUAUCCUCAAUCUGCGUACACUAAGAAGGCAUUUGAACUGUGGGUUAAUAUUCAGUUAUAAACAAGCAAUGAUUCUCAUUCGGAGAAGAGAGAGUCAAACAUACACUUAAUAUAUAUUACAGUAUAUUUUAUUUUGAUAAAAUAGUAGAAAAAGUCCAAAUGGAAUGUUAGGGUAGGUAUAGCCUACAAUAGUUGAAACAAUCUGAGCCACAUAAUUAUUAAUAUUCAAUAUACUUAAAGUGCAAAUUGUAUAUAACUGUCAAACCAAGCAGCUUACUGUUGGUCAAAGCUGUGAAUCCAUGAAAAACUUGAACCUGUUGCAAAAUCUGCAUUAUUUCGCCAAAACACAUGGAUUCCUAUUGAAACCACUGGAUUUCACCAACAAAAAGUUGCUGAAUAAUGAUAAAUGUGACCGUAUCUCUACAGUGGCACAUCAUGACACACUGUGUCCCACUACAGAGAAAUGAAUUGCCUUGUUCUAUUGAAUAGAAACAGUAGAGUUUGCCUGCUUUCCAGUGUUUUCCUGUGUAUUACAGCUCUGAUUAACAUUUAUUAAGGCUGUGGAUUUCAGAGUGAUGUAAAUUAAUGCCUGUGACUGCCUACGCAACUUACAGCAGUACAUCGUUGGCCCUACAGGGGCCCUACAAACACACAUAAAGUAUUCAUAAAACAUUACUGCCUUUCAGUGAGCCAAGCAUUGCCAACUCAGUAUUUGAUGAUGCAUGCCAGCAAACCAGCCUCACCUGAGCCAUUUAGAUCCAUGUCCUUUGGAAAAGAAUCAGUCCAGGAGAAAAUCAUCUGGUUUUCAUUUCAGUGAAUCAGAGACUUUCUAUACCAAGGACUUCAUGCCACUGCAAAACUUAUAGUCCAACAAAUAGUCCAAGAACUGAUUGCUGCCUGUGUAGAAAGAUUUGGAUCACACCAGUUACACACACACAGUGUGUGUGGUUGUUUUCUGUUAAUUCUUUGGCGCUCUUCAAAAUGUCCUGUAAUUACAUUUGUAUAACAGACUGAAGAGCAACAUGUAAAGAUGUUUAGACAGGUAUUUAGUUUUAAAUACGUUGCUGCUUUCACCUUAAGGCAUAUAGUGAAAUGCAUUUGGAGAAGUAAUGCGAUUCAUUUUUAAUGUGUGCUGGCCAGAGAUAAUCAUGUUAUGUAGCAUGAAUGGAGAUAUUGUAUUCCAGUGGUCAAGGAAUAUUAUGUUUGCUAUAUUUUAAUAUACUUUUGAAAUUUUGACAUCGACAGUAUUAGAGAUUAUGCAAUAAUGUGUGUGCGUAGUGAAGGACUGUGAGCCAUUGGGAUUUUACACAUUUGUCAUACAAGCUCCUACAUCAUUAGCA